AACAGAUGUCCUUGUCCUUUAUUGCUCCAGCUGCGUUAUUUAUUGUAUAUUAUUAUAACUCCGUGCUGGUAGUGAUAUUGGAACAACGACUUAGCAAGCGCCAACGUGCCCUAAGGUCGCUUUGUAGCUCUAACCAACAUGACGCCGGAGAAGGGGACUGACUCUAUGGCCCACGAGGAGCGUUUCUUGCCUCCGGACGAUAUCCUGCGGCAGGCUUAUGUUCAAGGACUUCCCGCAUACCAGCAGCUCUACGAGCGCAGCAUUUCCGAUCCUGAUGCCUUUUGGUCCGAGCAAGCCGAGGCCUUGCAUUGGCAGACGAAGUGGACGACGCCGAUUUGCAAGCACAACUUUAACUUGGACAACGGUCCCGUCCAAGUUUCGUGGUUCGAGGGCGCGGAGACUAACCUCGCUUACAAUGCCAUUGAUCGUCACAUCGAAGCGGGACUUGGCGAGCGCGUAGCAUUCUACUGGGAGGGCAACGAUGAAGGCAAUGAGCGCACCGUCACCUACGCGGAGCUCAAGAGCAUGGUGUGCCGCAUUGCCAACUACAUGAAGUCCAUCGGCAUCAAGCGCGGCGACGACGUCACCAUGUACAUGCCGCUGGUCCCCGAGCUGCCGGCUGUCAUGCUGGCGUGCGCCCGCAUCGGCGCGGUGCACAGCGUUGUGUUCGGCGGCUUCAGCGCGGAGGCCCUGGCGGACCGCGUGCUGGACAGCCGCCCCGCGCUCGUCAUCACCUCCAGCGGCACCAUGCGCGGUCCCAAGCCCAUCCCGCUCAAGGCGGUCGUGGAUGACGCCCUGGCGAUCAGCGAGGCCAAGGGGCACUCCGUUCAGAACGUGCUGAUGCUAGAGCAGCUGCCGCUGUCCGAGGUGGGAGGCAUCAUGAGGCCGGGUCGCGACGUGACGUGGCGCGAGGCAGUGGAGCCGCAGCCGGACGACUGCCCGGUGGAGUGGAUGCCGGCGGAGGCGCCACUCUUCAAGCUGUACACCUCGGGAUCGACAGGCAAGCCCAAGGGUGUGCUGCACACCACCGGCGGCUACAUGGUGGGCGCCCUGGCCACCACCAAGUUCGUGUUCGACAUCAAGCCCGCCACGGACGUCUACUGGUGCACCGCCGACUGCGGUUGGAUCACGGGCCAUACCUACGUCACCUACGGGCCCUUGAUGCUGGGCGCAACGCAAGUCCUGUUCGAGGGUGUGCCCACCUGGCCGGACGCGGGCCGCUGCUGGGCCAUUGUUGACAAGUACAAUGUUAGCGUCUUCUACACUGCCCCCACGGCCAUCCGCGCGCUGCACGCCAAGGGCGACGCCUACGUGACCCGCCACUCGCGCUCCUCGCUGCGGCUGCUGGGUUCCGUGGGCGAGCCCAUCAACCCGGAGGCGUGGCGCUGGUACCACGAGGUGGUCGGCGACAGCAGGUGCCCCAUCAUGGACACCUGGUGGCAGACGGAGACGGGUGCGCACAUGAUCACCCCGCUGCCGGGCGCCACGCCGCUCAAGCCCGGGUGCGCCACGCUGCCCUUCUUUGGCGUGGAGCCGGCGGUGCUGGACGAGAAGGGCAACGAGCUGCAGGGCCCAUGUGAGGGCAUGCUGGUGAUCAAGCGGCCGUGGCCGUCCAUGAUGCGAACCGUGGCGGGCGACCACAACCGUUUCGAGCAGACCUACUUCUCCGCCUUCAAGGGGUACUACUUCACCGGUGACGGCUGCCGGCGUGACGCUGACGGCUACUACUGGAUCACGGGUCGUGUGGAUGACGUGCUGAACGUGUCGGGCCACCGCAUCGGCACCGCGGAGGUGGAGUCGGCGCUGGUGGCGCACCCCGCCUGCUCGGAGGCUGCGGUGGUGGGCUACGAGCACGCCAUCAAGGGCCAGGGCAUCUACGCGUUCGUCACGCUGAAGGCCGGUGCGGAGCCCAGCGACGUGCUGCGCAAGGAGCUCAUCGACACCGUGCGCAAGAUCAUUGGGGCCUUCGCGGCGCCGGACAUUAUCCACUGGGCCCCCGGUCUGCCCAAGACCCGCAGCGGCAAGAUCAUGCGGCGAGUGUUGCGCAAGAUCGCCGCCAGGGAGGAGGAGCAGCUGG